AUGCCCAUCGCGGCGCGAGAGGGUGACGGCUGGCAUGGAAAUGGAGGAGAGAUGGGACUCGAAUCAACAAAACAAAAGAAGCUGGGCAUCGCAGAAAAGACAUCUUGCUGGGCAGGAUACGAUGCAGAGACCUCUGGCCACAGCCUCGGACUCUCUGCUCCCACGCUCACUAUCUUUCCCCGCUCGACUUGGGCGGGCGCGAACGAACCCAAAUCGGGCCAUGCUGAUCACCCCACGUGGGACACAAGUACGACACUACGGAGACCUGCGAGUCGGGGCUGGAUGUGA